CUGAGCUCGCUGCACGGCCUCCGCCAGACCGUCAAGGAGGGCUCGUCGCACAAGGAGAGGGUGUUCUGGCUGCUGCUGGUGGUCGGGCUGGGCGCCAACAUGUGCGUGCUGUGCGCCCUGGUGGUCCUGGAGAACGCGACCGCCACCGAGACCGUGCUCACCAACAGCGCCACCAGCAUCGCGGAGGAGCGAUUCCCCUGCAUCGCCAUCUGCCCCUCGCACCAGAUCGACAGGCUGGCCGGCAUGCGCAUCCUGAAGCAGGCCGUGGCCGACGCCAACAGGACGUACUCCUUCAUGAGCGGGCUGAACCAAGAGGACUGGCAGAUCUUCGCGCCCAACGAGACGUCUUGGCCGAGCGGGCCGGGCGGGCCGCGCGACUUCAUCCUGGACGAGCACCUCGAGAAGGUCCUGGUGGACCUGCACCGCUUGACGGACCCCGGCAUCUCCAGCGCCCUGCCCCUCUUCACGGAGACCGCCCACAUGCUCAUCGGGCUCAACAGCCUCAACCUGGUCGACUUCAUGAAGCGCGUGUUUCCGUCGUGCCACACUUUCUUCCACUCCUGCCUCUGGAAGGGAAUCCCCUUUGACUGCUGCAAGCACUUCAAGGUCCGGUCCACGGACCUGGGCUUCUGCUACUUCUUCAACAACAAGGAGGCAGACCGUAUGGUGUGCAUGGAGUCGUUCCCCGAGAACGAGGAGCAGAGAGCGACCUGCCUGGGCGUGCACCAGAGGCUGUCGGUCUUCGGCCCGGGCUCCGGACUCAGGAUGUACCUCAAGACGGAGAAGGACCCCACCACCGUGGCCGACAACGCCUUCCUCGCCACGCUGGCCAGGGUGAGCGUGGACCGCAAGUGCGUGGCCACGUCCGUGUCCAUGGACGCCACGGUGUACGGCGUGCCGGGCGCCGCGUACGUGCUGGCGCUGCGCGUGCGCCGCGUCAAGGUGGACAAACGCCUGGCCGAGCUGCGGCCCGCCGCCCGGAAGUGCCUCAUGAGCCACGAGUGGCCCGGCGCCACGCCGCGCAACCGGAAGAACUUCCCCAAGGCCUACUCCAACCUGGACUGCAUCGUGCAGUGCCGCCGCAACUACGUGCUCAACGCCUGCGGCUGUCUCGUCUACCCGCUCAGCCUGGGCGACCCCACCUCGGCGUGCGUGUUCUCCAAGAUAGCCGACUGCGUCGCCAACGUCUCGGAGUCGUUCCGGUUCUUCCGUCCGCCGCGCGCCUCGCCCGGCUUCAGCGCCCAGGAGCAGGAGAAGGGGCUGUCGUGCGGAGACUGCCUGCCCAACUGCGACCGCACCACCUUCGACAUCGACUUCCGGACGCCCGACCUGGCGCACGUGGAGCGCUUCAGCGACCCGGUGGCCCUGCUGGCCAACCGCACCCUGCUGGACGUGUUCUACCCCGAGCCCAACGCGGCGGAGCGCUACACCGUGGCCCCCGCCAUGCCGUACGGCCAGAUCCUGGUGUCGAUUGGAGCAAUGGCCAACCUGUUCCUCGGCAUCAGCUUCCUCACUCUGUUCGAGGUCCUCGUAACCCUGGUCAAGUGCAUCUGGAUUCUGUUUGGGGAGCCACGAGCAAGGAAAUAAUCCACACA